GUCGGAGUCAUGGCUGAGUCCGGACUGAAAGCUGUGAUCUGAACAUGACGGAGCGCUGACUCCUCUCUGCUCCUGCCGGAUUCUUCUUCUCCUCUCCAGGAGGCCCGUGGAGGACCGAGGAGGAGGAGGGGGGUCCGCCAUGGCCGAGCCCCUGCUGAAAAGGACCUUCUCCAGGCUGAGAGGGAAAGACAGAUCCCGCAGGAAGACCGACCCCAAACUGAGCGAUGUUACAGUGAUGCCCGAUGCUGUCCUCCAGACAUCUUCAUCACCAUCAUCACCAUCGAUGACGACCACAAGAACUCUACCAGCAGCAGCAGACCCUGAUCCCCCCUCGCCCCCACAAAACCACAUCACAGUUGCUAAGAAACAGAUGUGGGCAAGGCAGGGCUCUGCGGCUCCACCCACCAACCUGCCCUCAUGCUCCGCCCCCAGAACCUCCGACCGGGAGCGACCAGCAGGGAUAUCCCAAGAUGCACCUGGGCAGGCCUGGAGUCAGAGGCUAGCACAGGAUAAGACAGAGCAGUGCAGCACCAGGAUGUGUGUCAGUCUGGCCUGGGAUAUGACCAGCACCUCCUGUGUUCCUGUCAGUGCCUCUGCUGUCCACCAGGAAGCCCCCCAGCCAGCAGGGGGCUCCCCAGACACAACCGCCACCUCUGUCUGCACCAAGUCUGGCCAGCGUGCCUAUCUGCAAAGCCUGGAUCGCAGCAGCCGUGCCUGGGUGCUGUCUUCACCAAAGACCCAGGCGUCAGACGAGGCCUGUGGGCUGCAGGAGGAGAGUGGUAGCAACAUCUGGUACAACCCGAUCCCGGAGGAGGAGGACGCAGUGGGCCCACGCAGGGAGGAGCAGAUAUGGCGGAGGAGGGACGAGAGGGAAGAGGGACGAGCAGCUAAGAGGACGGGGCCAGGAGAUACCAGGGCCGAGCUGGGAGGUGUGUGGGUCGGGUCAGCAGAGAGUUUUAGCAGUGACUGUGCACUGGAGGGCGCCAAUCCAAGCGUUAGCCACCAUAUUGAUGACAUCACAACAGAAAAUGCAGACUACCCUCCCUCUGACUCUAGCCCCUCCUCCCAAAAGAAAGGGGGCGUGUCCGGUAGUGUGAUCGACAGGCUGCGGUCUCCUGGUACAGUGAGGAAACUCUCCCUGAAGAUGAAGAAACUUCCGGAGCUGCGCCGCAAACUCAGCCUUCGCUCCUCUUCUCGUGCCCAUCGCCAGGGAAACGACAGCAGAGGGGGUGGGGACGAGUCGUCCAGUAAGAAUGCAACAUCAUCGUCAGCCUUGUCCAACCAGAACGUGAUCAGCAGAUAUCACCUGGAUAGCUCCGCCCCUCCAGCCAGACCGCUGCGACGAUCAUCGAGAGGACGCUCUGCCAGUAAAGGAGGCUAUCUUAGUGACGGUGACUCCCCUGAGUUGUUGCCACGGCAACAGGCCACUCCCCCUACAACUUCCCAGGAAACGGCAUGCGACGUCAGUUCCUUCCGAUUGUACGUGGGCUCGGAUCCGCAGCGCUGCAGCCAGCGGGUGACUGGUUUACUGACCGUCCAUCUGCUGGGCCUGGAGGAGAUGAAGACCAGCAGGUCAGAGGGCAGUAAGGACGUCUUCUUGGCCAUCCAGAUUGACGGGGUGACGAGAGCGAGGACCGCCCUCCUGACCCUGCGGGGCUCUGCCCUCUCCUUAAACCACACCUUCCACCUGGAGCUGGAGAGAGCCCGGCAGCUCAGAGUAGUAGUGUUAACACCAGCCAAUCCACAUGUAGGUGGCGGGUCUAAAUCAGGAACGGAUCAGGGUCAGACGUCAGGUGGUCCAACCAGAAACAGAGUCUGCUGUCUGGGUGGAGUCUCCAUCCCUCCACUCUUUAAAGCGAGUCGAAGUCAGCAGCUCUGUGUGAAGCUGGAGCCCAGAGGUCUUCUUUAUGUCAAACUGUCCUUGCAGGAGAAGUGGGACACACAGCCCAGCAGCGACCCAGCAGCGCCUGCCAAUGUGUUUGGGGUCGAACUGCAUCAUCUGGUGGAGAAGGAAGGAUCUGCAGCUCCAAUCCCCCUGCUGAUCCAGAAAUGUGUGGCGGAGAUAGAACGAAGAGGACUGAAGGUGGUGGGUCUGUACAGACUGUGUGGGUCUGCUGCAGUGAAGAAGGAGCUCAGGGAUUGGUUUGAGAGGAACAGUUCAGCUGUCUGCCUCAGCGAGGACCUCUACCCUGACAUCAAUGUCAUUACAGGUAUACUGAAGGACUACCUGCGGGAGCUGCCGUCUCAGCUCAUCACCAGGACUCUGUAUCAGGUCGUCAGGGAGGCCAUGACCCUACGACCCCCACCUGCACUACCUGCGACCCCUGAUCCUGAGCUGGCCCAGAGCACCGUGGCGCUGCUGUCCUGUCUGCCGCCUCCAGAGAGGGCCACCUUGUCUCUCUUGCUGGACCACCUCAGCCUGGUGGCGUCCUUCAGCUCGUCCAACAGGAUGACGCAUCAGAACCUUGCGGUCUGCUUUGGCCCGGUGCUGCUCACCCCGACCCAGGAGGCCUGGAGGGCAGGGGGAGGAGGAGGAGGAGGAGGAGGUGGGAGGGGAGGAAGGGGAGGAGGGAAGGGGUUCGGUCACGGUGAAGAGAUAGCGAGCGCAGUGGAUUUCAAACGACAUAUCGAGGCGCUCCACUACCUGCUGCAGCUGUGGCCAGUGCCCACCCACCGAGUCCCAGCAGAGGACCACAUUGACGUCUCCCUGCCUCCCUCCCCCAACCUUGCCCCUUGCCCCCUGGACCAGCAGCAGAGGCAUCCUGCGCUGCGAUUGGCUCUGCCCCAGAACCGAGAGGAAGAGGUUGUGGUGUCACGUCGGGGUCGAGGCGGUCUGGCCCGGCUGGAAAGUCCACCACCGAUCAACCGGUACGCCGGAGACUGGAGCAUCUGCGGACGAGACCUUCUGUCUGGACAGGAGGCCGAUUAUGAUGAGGUGGCAGGAAGUGAGAGUGAUGGAGCCAGCGGAGAUGAAGAGGAGGAGAAGAAGGAGGCGUGGUCGUCCGGAGGAGGAGGGGGAGGUCUGUACGUGGAGGAGUUCAUGGAUUUUGAUGCUCCGUUUAACUGUCGACUCAGCCUGAAGGACUUCGAUACUCUGAUCCACGACCUGGACCGAGAGCUGGCCAAGCAGAUCAACAUAUGUCUGUAGAGGAAAAGGAGGAAGAUGAAGAGGAGGGAUAAAGUUUUAAAGGUUAUUGAUCAUCAAACAACUAUGACAGAAUACAGUUACUAUAUCUGAUACUGAGAGCAGACUGACCUCAGAUCAGUUGUUAGUUUGACCUCUGACCUCCUCACAGCGUCCCCUGAUCUCCAUGGAAACUGAAGAGACCGGGCAGGUCUGUCCAGACUCACAGCAGCUACAGGACACGCCUACUACAUGAUCCAAUCUCGAGAGGUUCUCUUUAGGAGAAGACCUCAGGGGGAGUGACCUGCAGUGAAAUGGGUGUGUCCAUCAGUGAAGUGGGUGUGUCCUGCAGUGAAGUGGGUGUGGCUGCAGAUAAACCCCUUUGGAAAAACAUUUUCAGGGACUUGUUUCUGUCUUCAAGACAGACUGAAAACAUCACCGCUGUGUCAAAGAAAGAAGAGAAAACAUUCACACAAACCAAAUUUUUUCUAUUUUCAGCACAAUUUUUAAAAAGAAGCUUCUUUCAUAGUCAAAAGUUUAAAUCCCAUAAAUAUGAGAAUUGCAGGAUAUGAAAUGUCAUAUUUAUGGGAAACUUGUUGUGUGAGACAUAUGUGAUAUGAGAUUUCUAAGUCAUAAUUGCUGAAUGCUCUGAAUCCGCUCCAUCAACAUUUAGUUGGAGGAAAGUGUUUUGUGAGAGCAGGCUGCAGACCGGAGCUAAGUGGUGAGUUUAACUCUAAAUGUGGAACAACAUUGAUGUGGUUCUCGUAGCAUUUUCUGCGUCUCUGGAUGUUUCCUGACUCUUGCUGGUCAUCAUGGAGGACGAGCUGUCAGUCUGUCAUUCUGUGCCAAAAAAAACUCCAAAUCCAAACAGAUCAGCUCUCUGAUCCAAAGAGGAAACUUCAGUGUCAAUAUGAAGGAGGAGAGUUCCUCUUAGAGGUGCCAGCCGCUUCAUACCGUUACGAUUAUUAUUGAUGUACAGAUGUUGUAAUGAUAAAGACCCUCUGAAGUCACAGAGGUGAACUAAAAUGUGCUGUUUUUCUGGGUAUCAGGGUCGGAUCCUGUUGGAUCACAUUGGUUCCUGUUGGAUUAAAUUGGGUAAACAUUGGAUUCUGUUGGACCACAUCGGAUACUGUUGGAUCCCAUUGGGUUAUUGCUGGAUCCUGUUGGAUCACGACAAAUCCUGUUGGAUUCCGUUUGGUUGGAUUCACAUAGAUCACGUUGGAUCGUGUUGGGUUAAUGCAGGAUCCUGUUGGAUCACAUCAGAUCAUGUUGGGUUAACGUUGGAUCCUGUUGAAUCAUGUUGGGGUAACGUUGGAUCACAUUGGGUUAACGUUGGAUUUGGUUAGAUCACGUUGGAUCAUGUUGGGUCCUAUUGGAUCAUGUUGGAUCCUGUUGGACUGUAUUUGGGCUGUUUGCACUGUUGAAGCCAUAAUUUUACUUGUUGAAACUUUAAGCUGAUGAGAACAAACUGCAGAACUCAUCGCUCUGCUGCUCCAUCCAAUCAGAGUUCCCGUAACCGCCGAUCAGCUGACAUAUUUUUAUUUAUUCCCUUUUCCUUCUGAAUGUGAUGUGACAUAUAAGAGCUUCUGAAAGGUCACUGUGGGAACAUCUUUCUAAACCAUCUGUUCCCUCUCAGGAUCUGAACCGGGUUUUUCUAUCAAAUAUUGGUCAGCUUUGUGACACAAAGCUUCAUCAUGGCGGACGUUAUGGAAGUCCUUGACUCACUGACUUGAUUUCAGAUUUUCAGUAGCUGUGGUGUCAGUUUACAGAACACCAACAGACAGUCGGUGGUUUGAUGAGGUGGAUGGAAAUUAAUUUGUCCAUUGCGCCAUAAAAACCUCUGAAUCUGAUGGCUGAUAACGGCCUUGUACACAACUCACUGUUUUGUCAUCGUUAGCAUGUAGCAUUAGCAUGUAGGUUGACUGUUUUUAGCAGUUUAUGGUGUCAUCUGAAUGGAUAGUAAAUAUAUGAAUAAAUGUAUGAAGUGAAGCUCACAGUUCAACAUUUUAAAUUGAACAUGAUGCAUGUGGAGCUCAGAAGAAGCGAGAAGAAUCCGAAGCACUUAAACAACACAAAAAACUGAAGCAGACGCUAGUUGUGUUUAGAUCAUAAUGUUCAGGCUGUAUUAAACCCACAUUCCUGUAGAGGGCGCUGUGAUGACAGCCACAGGAUUAUUAUUCAUGUAAUGUCCAUUACCCCAGCAGAUUUCUGUUGGUCCUGCAGGUUGUCCUCACCCCUUGCCAGUUUCUGUCACCCCUUCAGGUUUCUGUCACCCCCUACAGGUUUUUCUCAUCCACUGCAGGUUUUUGUAGCCCCUGCAGUUUUUUUCUCACCCCCUGCAAGUUUCCGUCACCCCUGCAGGUUUUUGUCGUCGGGUUGAGCAGCAGAGCAAUGUGAGCUCAAGCCAGUCGUCAGUAUUUUCACGGUACAGAGUUUGUCACUGUGACGAGUUUGUGAAGCCACAGAAGGAAUACGAUGCCAUAUUUAGUGUUAAUGAGAAUGUUGUUGUUGUUGUUUUAAUUUGUUUUCUGUGUUGUUCUUGUUGUUUUUGACAGUAUUACCUUGUUUUGCACAACUUCAAUAAGCACUUAUGUUUUUUAUUGAUGAUGACGAUGUUUCUAUGCAGAUGAUGUAACCAAAGUGUUGAAGCACAGUUCCUGUUGGAACAGACCACAGCAGCCUGUCUGUAUGUCUUAUUAACCUGACCAACUAUUAAACACAUUAUUAUUAUUAUUUUUAUUAUUAUUAACUGAUUGACUGGGCUGUUAUUCUUAUUAUUAGAGCUACAAUUUUUUUUUCUGUUCUGUUCAAACCGGGUAGAAGUGAGUGGAGUCAGACCAGUGUCAGUAUUAUUGAAUGCACACAGAAGGAGUUACCUGUAGCCAAUCAGAUGGCUCCUUCCAUUUCAGCCAAUACUUAAUGUGAUCACAAAGGGUCUCAUCUGUACAGUCUGCAGUGAUGAAUUAGAACACAAAGAGAGAACAACAGCUAUAAGUGAUAACUCUGCUGUUGUCCUUCAUUGAAAAUGUUUGAGUGAUGAAUGCUUCAUAAGUUAGUGAUGUGCCAUUUAAUACUAGCAUUAGCUAACAAGUUAGCAAUAUAAUGCGUCACUGAACAGCUACCAAGCUUCAUGUGGAUGUACUCUACAGCAGAUGCUGUAUUCAGGCUUGUGAGAUGGUCAGAGGUGUUCUGACCCGUUCAGCAGUAGAAAAUGUCAGAUUUGUGCUGCUUUUGGACGUUCCAGUGAUGGAAAAUGGCAAAACUAAGCAUUAAGUAUCAUACGACAGGGGAGAACAUUUCACAGCGCAGAAGGUAUUUUAUAAUACUUUGUAUGGUGUAUGUGAGUGUAAUGCUACAGUAUGAUACCAC